AUGUCAAAAGAUACCGAAUUUAAAAAUUUGAAUUAUUGGUUAGAGAAAUCAAUUGUUGAAAAACAUAUCAAAUAUUAUGAAUAUUUGGAUUUCAAUCAUAUAAAAUUGAUAGGAGAAGGUUCAUACGGAAAUGUUAAUCUUGUUAAGUGGAGAAGUACUCGUCUAUUUGCUUUGAAAUCUUUUAAUAAUAAUAAACAAUCUCUUAAAGAAGUAAUAAAGGAGUUAAGAUUGCAUCGAAGCGUUGAUGAUCAUGAAAAUAUUAUACGAUUAUUUGGAAUCACGAAAAAUGGCAAGUAA